CUCACUUAUGGAGGCGAGUGAAAGGCGUGCUGUCAUUACUGUGACCUUAAAGCCGUGCUCUCUUGUAGGAUUAUUCGCGUUUCGACUCGGACGGCUUUGUGCCGAGCCCGAAAGACGGUAAGUUUUUGCCCCGUUGCUCGGAGAGUCGAGUUUGUGCGAUCAGCUGAUCUGUGUGCCUGGGCUUGGAGGAGUUGUGUGUACUGUGUGUGCAUGUAGGCUGAUGCUUUAGAAGAGCUUGGAAAGACUCACAUUUUGAGUGACGCAGGUUUGCAGUCCUUUUAGACCACCAGGUGAAGAAGUGGAGUGGAGUUUGGAUUGAUGGACAGGGACGACUCAUGUGUGUCUGUCUUUGGGACCACAUCUGACACCAGCCUGAGAGGACAAUUUAAUAAAUGUUGCUUUACCGUCUGGCCAGCUCUGCAGGACCCACGGACGUCCACGCUGCAGGUCUCUCUGUGCCCAAAUCAGCUCUUCCACCCUUGUUCCUGCACACCCCUCCUUGGCGCCGUCUUUUAAUGAGACUGGUGCUGUUACCGAGUUCUCUGUCGAUAGUCUUCUCCACACGCCUGCAUACACAUUACACAUCACCACAGCCUACAAGUGUCCCUUGGACGAAUUCAGGAAGUGUGCACUAGUGGCCUCCUUCCUCUACGAGGAAAUAAUCCAAAUGUUGAUCAGUUCUCAGGACAUACCAAAACACUAAUUCAGGAUUAAAAACAUUUAUUCUUUCUAAAUAAACAAUCCAAAUCCAGAAAACGAAAACAUCUUUUAAAGUGCAUGCACAAUGAGCUCAGACAGCUUUCAGUACCGUGCACUGUAUGAGUACAAGCGAGAGCGAGGAGAUGACAUCUCCCUGCAGCCUGGAGACCUCCUUACUGUCAGCAAGCUAGCAAUUCUGACUCCAGACUACCAGGAGGGUGAUGAGAAAAACCCUACGGGCUGGCUCCAUGGCACAAACGAGCGCACCAAGGAGAAAGGCGACUUCCCGGGGACGUUCGUGGAAUACGUCGGGGUUGUACGUGUGGGCCUACAGACAGGAAAACCCUGGCCUAGACCUGUUCCCCCAACCCCUGGAGGAUCUCAAACACCUGUAGGACCCCAGCCUCCAGGAGCCUGCGCUUCAGGAGGCUGUGGGUUGGGGGAUUCUCUGGAGCAGUGUACCGUGCCAGACCAGGCCCCAGCCGUGGUGCUCAGACUCACUGAGGCUCUGGAGAGACCGGGUUGGGAAAAUGAGCCUAUCUACAGAACGCUGUUAGCUUCCAGUGCACCACUCGACCUACAGCAGGCUCUGGAUGCAGAGCCCGCUGCAGUGGAGUGUGAGCAGUAUGACUUGGCUGUGUUGGCUGAUACUCUCAGGGCUUACCUGCAGGAGCUGCCAUGUCCCAUCAUCCCAUCUGUGCUCUACAGUGAGCUGGUCUACACUGCUCAGGAAAUAGCAAGUUUGGAGGAUUGUGGUCAGCAGCUGAAGAGGAUCCUGGACUCCCCCAGCAUGCCACAAUCUAACCACCAGCUCCUGGUCUAUCUGACCCAUCACCUCAGCAAAGUGACUCAGAGUGGAGGAGCUGCUCAGGCGAGUCCCAGGUUCCUGGCUCAGGCCUACAUCGAACCCGUCUUUAAACACAGCCAUUCCAGUGCGGAUGUGAAUCCUGAUCAUCACAUGAAGAUUCUGGAAGCCCUCAUUGUCGUGGGAGGUCUGACUGAGAUGCAAGCUGCCCCAGCUCUUCCUCCCAAGCCGGCCAAACCCAUGACUCCCGUGAGCAGUAACGGUGUGAAGGAGGCUGCAAGCAGCUCGUUGCAGGAAGCUGAAUGGUACUGGGGAGACAUAUCAAGGGAAGAGGUGAACGACAAACUGCGAGACAUGCCAGACGGAACCUUCCUGGUACGGGACGCCUCGACUAAAAUGCAGGGAGACUACACGCUAACUUUAAGGAAAGGCGGCAACAAUAAGCUAAUAAAGAUCUACCAUCGCGACGGCAAAUACGGUUUCUCAGACCCGCUCACCUUCAGUUCGGUGGUAGAGCUCAUCAGUCACUACAGACACGAGUCUCUGGCUCAGUACAACACGAAACUGGACGUCAAGCUCAUGUACCCCAUCUCUCGCUACCAGCAGGAGCAGCUGGUAAAAGAAGACAACAUUGACGCUGUGGGGAAGAAACUCCAGGAAUAUCACAGUCAAUAUCAGGAAAAGAGCAAAGAGUAUGACCGACUGUAUGAUGAGUACACAAAGACUUCGCAGGAGAUUCAGAUGAAGCGCACGGCGAUAGAAGCCUUCAACGAGACCAUCAAGAUAUUCGAAGAGCAGUGUCACACACAGGAGCGCUACAGCAAGGAAUAUAUCGAGCGCUUCCGCAGAGAGGGCAACGACAAGGAGCUCGAAAGGAUAAUGAUGAACUACGCCAAACUGAAAUCACGACUAGGGGAGAUCCAUGAAAGCAAAAUUCGCCUGGAGCAGGACCUGAAGACACAAGCUCUGGACAACAGGGAGACGGACAAAAAGAUG